AUGAGCAUGGCGAGCGCCUUCAUCAAGAUAUCAAGCUUCCACGCCUUCAUAAAAGCUUCCACGCCUUCAGAAAAGCUUCCACGUCUUCAGAAAAGUUUCCACGCCUUCAGAAAAGCUUCCACGCCUUCAGAAAAGCUUCCACGUCUUCAGAAAAGUUUCCACGCCUUCAGAAAAGUUUCCACGCCUUCAGAAAAGCUUCCACGUCUUCAGAAAAGUUUCCACGCCUUCAGAAAAGCUUCCACGUCUUCAGAAAAGUUUCCACGCCUUCAGAAAAGCUUCCACGCCUUCAGGAAAAUUUCCACGCCUUCAGAAAAGCUUCCACGCCUUCAGAAAAGCUUCCACGCCUUCAGAAAAGCUUCCACGCCUUCAGAAAAGUUUCCACGCCUUCCAAAAAAUUCCCACACCUUCAGAAAAGCUUCCACGCCUUCAGAAAAGUUUCCACACCUUCAAAAAAAUUCCCACACCUUCAGAAAAGCUUCCACGCCUUCAGAAAUGUUUCCACGCCUUCAAAAAAAUUCCCACACCUUCAGAUAA